GAUUUCGUGCUAUAUUCAAGUCCGGCGCUCGAGCGGCCGGACCGAUUCGAAAAUUGAAUUCGGUUCUUUUUUCAAAAUUCGACAACGACUGGAAAGGCCAUAGACUAAAGUGUAUUUUUUACCGUGUGUGCUGUGAGAAAAUGUGUGAACAGUGCGUACAACGUUAAAAGGAUGUUUGUGCGUUAAAACGCAUGUGUUAUGCAUUUGAAGAGGAAUGGUGCAGCGAGUCUGACUGAACGUUAGCUGACGAGCUAAACCAUGGCGGAAGCGGAGGGCGGAGCGAGCGAGCAAGAUGAUGUUUCAUUCUUGCGCACGGAGGACAUGGUGUGCCUCUCGUGCACGGCCACAGGAGAGCGAGUGUGUCUGGCGGCUGAGGGUUUCGGCAACCGGCACUGCUUCCUGGAAAACAUUGCUGAUAAGAACAUACCACCGGACCUGUCGCAGUGCGUCUUUGUCAUCGAGCAGGCGCUAUCAGUGAGAGCAUUACAAGAGUUGGUCACAGCAGCAGGCUCCGAGACGGGCAAAGAAAAUUUAGGCAAAGGUACAGGGUCUGGACACAGGACGCUACUGUACGGCAAUGCUAUACUGCUGCGACAUCUCAACAGUGACAUGUACCUGGCUUGUCUGUCCACGUCAUCAUCACAAGACAAGCUGGCCUUCGACGUGGGUCUGCAAGAACACUCGCAGGGCGAAGCCUGCUGGUGGACCCUGCAUCCUGCUAGCAAGCAAAGAUCUGAGGGUGAGAAGGUGCGAGUCGGAGACGACUUGAUUCUGGUGUCGGUCGCAACUGAGAGAUAUUUGCACACAACAAAAGAGAACGAAGUGUCAAUAGUCAACGCGUCAUUCCACGUGACACACUGGUCGGUGCAACCGUACGGGACAGGGAUAUCCCGCAUGAAGUACGUGGGCUACGUGUUCGGAGGCGACGUGCUACGGUUCUUCCACGGAGGCGACGAGUGUCUGACCAUACCCAGCGCCUGGGCUAAGGAGACUGGACAGAACAUCGUAGUCUACGAGGGUGGUUCCGUCAUGUCGCAAGCCCGUUCCCUCUGGCGGCUGGAGUUGGCUCGCACCAAGUGGGCCGGCGGCUUCAUCAACUGGUACCACCCGAUGCGAAUCCGGCACAUCACUACUGGCAGAUACCUGGGCGUCAACGACCAGAACGAACUGUAUUUGGUUAGCAGGGAAGAGGCAACCACAGCCUCUUGUGCCUUCUGUCUUCGCCAAGAGAAGGAUGAUCAGAAGGUGGUGUUAGAAGACAAAGACUUGGAGGUGAUCGGAGCGCCCAUCAUCAAGUAUGGUGACUCCACCGUCAUCGUGCAGCACUCGGAGACUGGACUGUGGCUGUCUUAUAAGUCCUACGAGACGAAGAAGAAAGGCGUUGGCAAAGUGGAAGAGAAACAAGCGAUCCUACACGAGGAAGGCAAGAUGGACGACGGGCUGGACUUCUCCAGAUCCCAGGAGGAAGAAUCCAGGACAGCCAGGGUCAUUAGGAAGUGUUCCUCGUUGUUUACUAAGUUUAUCAAUGGCCUAGAGACACUGCAAGAGAACCGUCGGCAUUCCAUGUUCUUUGCGUCUGUCAACCUGGGCGAGAUGGUCAUGUGUCUCGAGGACCUGAUCAACUACUUCGCACAGCCCGACGAGGAUAUGGAACACGAAGAGAAACAGAACAAGUUCCGCGCUCUCCGGAAUCGUCAAGACCUGUUCCAAGAGGAAGGCAUCCUCAACCUGAUCUUAGAAGCGAUCGACAAGAUCAACGUCAUCACCUCCCAAGGGUUCUUAGCCGGCUUCCUAGCGGGCGACGAGUCAGGGCAGAGCUGGGAUAUGAUCUCAGGAUAUUUGUAUCAGCUGCUAGCCGCUAUCAUCAAAGGAAACCACACAAACUGCGCCCAAUUCGCCAACUCCAACCGAUUGAACUGGUUGUUCUCCCGACUCGGUUCCCAGGCUUCUGGAGAAGGCACGGGAAUGCUGGAUGUACUGCAUUGCGUGCUCAUCGACUCUCCUGAGGCUCUGAAUAUGAUGCGGGACGAACACAUCAAAGUGAUCAUCUCUCUACUAGAGAAGCACGGGCGCGAUCCAAAAGUAUUGGACGUCCUCUGUUCACUUUGCGUUGGUAACGGAGUGGCUGUCAGGUCCUCACAGAACAACAUUUGUGACUACCUCCUGCCCGGAAAGAAUCUACUUCUCCAAACACAGCUGGUGGACCAUGUGUCGAGCGUCCGCCCAAACAUCUUCGUGGGCCGCGUGGAAGGCUCGGCAGUGUACCAGAAGUGGUACUUCGAAGUGACGAUGGACCACAUUGAGAAGACCACGCACAUGAUGCCGCAUUUAAGGAUUGGAUGGGCUAACACUGCUGGAUAUGUCCCAUACCCGGGAGGCGGUGAAAAGUGGGGAGGGAACGGAGUAGGGGAUGACCUCUACUCGUUUGGUUUCGACGGUGCCUUCAUGUGGUCUGGUGGACGAAAGACACCUGUUAACAGGACGCAUGCUGAGGAGCCUUAUAUACGGAAAAGUGACGUGAUCGGCUGCGCUCUAGAUUUGACCGUGCCGAUUAUAAACUUUAUGUUCAACGGAGUAAGGGUCACUGGAUCCUUUACCAACUUCAACUUGGAAGGCAUGUUCUUCCCGGUCAUCAGUUGUUCGAGUAAAUUAAGUUGCCGCUUCCUACUCGGCGGUGAACACGGCCGGCUGCGCUACGCGGCGCCCGAAGGCUACUCCCCUCUGGUGGAGUCGCUCCUGCCUCAGCAGAUACUGGCCUUGGAGCCGUGCUUCUACUUCGGCAACUUGUCCAAGCGGGCCCUAGCUGGGCCACCGCUGGUGCAAGACGAUACGGCUUUUGUACCCACACCAGUGGAUACUUUACAGAUUACUCUGCCGUCAUACGUCGAGCAAAUCAGAGACAAACUAGCGGAGAAUAUCCACGAAAUGUGGGCUAUGAAUAAGAUUGAAGCGGGAUGGAUGUACGGAGACCAGCGCGAAGACUUGCACAAGAUCCACCCGUGCUUGGUGCCGUUCGAACGGCUCCCCGCCGCUGAGAAACGAUACGACAUCCAGUUGGCGGUGCAAACACUCAAGACUAUUCUUGCUCUGGGCUACUACAUCAGCCUGGACAAGCCCCCAGCGCGUAUCCGCAACGUUCGUCUGCCCAACGAGCCUUUCAUGCAGUCGAACGGUUACAAGCCAGCACCCUUAGACUUGAGUGCUGUCACCCUAACACCAAAGAUGGAUGAGUUAGUUGACCAGCUUGCUGAGAACACUCACAAUCUUUGGGCUAGGGAGCGCAUCCAGCAAGGAUGGACUUAUGGACUCAAUGAGGACCCUGACAUGCACCGCUCGCCGCAUCUGGUGCCGUACCCAAAAGUGGACGACGCGAUCAAAAAGGCCAACCGGGAUACCGCGUCUGAGACUGUCAGGACUCUGUUAGUCUAUGGAUAUAACUUGGAUCCGCCUACAGGAGAACAACAUGAAGCAUUGCUAGCUGAAGCCUCGAAACAGAAACAAGCUGACUUCAGGACGUAUAGAGCGGAGAAGAAUUACGCAGUCAGCUCUGGAAAGUGGUACUUCGAGUUUGAGAUCCUGACUGCUGGGCCGAUGAGGGUUGGUUGGGCCCACGCUGAUAUGGCCCCAGGCAUGAUGCUGGGGCAAGACGAAAACUCCUGGGCGUUCGACGGUUACAACUGUGUAAAAGUCCACGGUGGCUCGAACGACGCAUUCGGACAGCAAUUCAAAGUGGGCGACAUAGUCGGAUGCUUCCUGGAUGUUUGGGAUAUGACCAUCAGUUUCUCGCUGAAUGGUGAAUUGUUGAUGGACGCUCUCGGUGGCGAGACAACAUUUGCUGAUGUACAAGGAGAUAACUUUGUUCCCGCUUGUACUCUUGGAGUGGGACAGAAGGCCCGGCUGACAUACGGACAAGACGUUAACACUCUAAAAUACUUCACAACUUGCGGUCUUCAGGAAGGAUACGAACCUUUCUGUGUGAACAUGAAGCGUGACGUCACCCACUGGUACACCAAAGACCAGCCCAUCUUUGAAAACACGGAUGAAAUGCUGGACACCAGGAUAGAUGUCACCAGGAUCCCAGCUGGCUCCGAAACACCACCUUGCAUGAAGAUCUCUCACAACACAUUUGAGACCAUGGAAAAGGCCAACUGGGAGUUCCUACGGUUGUCUUUGCCCGUCAUAUGCCAGGCACAAUUUAUAGGUGAACAAGAGAAAGCCAGAAGAUGGGUGGAGAUCAAGGAACGUCAACAAAUCCUGAUGAAGGAAGCGACUGAAGCCCAAAUGCCAGCACACAUUGACCAGAUCAUGAGGAGUGGGUUCACCAUGAAUGAUAUCAAAGGUCUGCACUACGAAGAUAACCAGGACGACGUCCAGUCAAAGAUGAAGAGGCAGCCUUCGAGACCCCCCCGCAAAGGCUCGGUGACGCGAGGCGUGACGUAUCAGCAAGGUCAAGUGAACGGCAUGCAUAGGUCGACGAGCGAAGCCGAGAUGUCUAAAUACGAGUUGGGCGUCCAAAACCUGGCCGAUGAAAAGAAGGAUAAGAGAGGAAGAUCGCCUUUCAAGUUUUUCAAAAGCAAACGCGGCGAGAGCGGUGACAGGGCGAAGUCUCGCAAGUCGAAGACUCCAGAUCCUUUCAGUGACACGGAAGUAUCCCCUGAGAGAGGACCGAGGAGACCUAACCCUCAAAUACGAGUUUCACAGGCGAAUCAAAGAUAUGACAACAUGCUCCCAAGGGCUAGUAAACCCACCUUGUAUGACAGCCAAGGAGGUUUGAACACCAACCUGCAAAUGGCGACUCCGACGCAAGACCGGAAGCAGAUGACCACUAGUGCCCUCUCAGCGGCCACCACGGAAACUGUGGGCAACGAGAUUUUCGACGCGGAGUGCUUGAAACUGAUCAACGAGUACUUCUAUGGUGUCAGAAUAUUCCCCGGUCAAGACCCGACGCACGUUUACAUCGGAUGGGUGACCACGCAGUACCACCUGCACUCCAAAGACUUCAACCAGAACAAAGUCAUGAAGUCGUCCGUCAUCAUCACUGAUGACUACGAUCGAGUUAUAGAGAGCGUUAACCGCCAAUCCUGCUACAUGGUCCGAGCGGACGAGCUAUACAACGAAGUAAUGGCUGAAGCGACAGGACCCAAAGGCGCUUCGCAGGGAAUGUUCAUCGGUUGCUCGGUAGACACCUCCACUGGCACUGUGGCGUUCACUUGCGAAGGGAAGGAUACUAGCAUCAAGUUUAAGAUGGAGCCAGAAACAAAACUCUUCCCAGCCAUCUUCGUAGAGGCCACAUCGAAGGAGAUCCUGCAGAUCGAGCUGGGCAGGUCUUCCACCAGCCUCCCGCUAAGCGCUGCGGUGCUGCCCACUAGUGAUAAACACGUCAUACCGCAGUUCCCGCCGAGGUUGAAGGUGCAGUGUCUGAAGCCGCACCAGUGGGCUAGGGUACCAAAUCAAUCUCUGCAAGUCCACGCCUUGAAGUUGUCCGAUAUCCGUGGGUGGUCCAUGCUGUGUGAAGAUGCUGUAUCCAUGCUCGCCCUUCACAUACCAGAGGAAGAUCGCUGCAUAGACAUUUUGGAGUUAAUAGAAAUGGAUAAACUACUGAGUUUCCACUCUCACACGCUGACAUUGUAUGCUGCGUUGUGCUACCAAAGUAAUUACAGGGCUGCCCACGCGCUCUGCCAACACGUGGACCAAAAGCAGUUACUCUACGCCAUCAAGUCGCAGUACAUGUCGGGCCCGCUGCGCCAGGGCUUCUACGACCUGCUCAUCGCGCUGCAUCUGGAGUCCCACGCCACCACCAUGGAAACUUGCAAGAACGAGUUCGUGAUACCACUAGGGCCUGAACUGAAGGCGCUAUACGAUGAGGCAGGCAUGGGCCACAGCCUCCGCUCGCUGCAGACCGAGAGCGUGCGACCGCAGAUGAAGAUGACUGACAUCGCCGAGAAUAUCUCAGACAUCAGCAACCUGUACUCGCCGUACUUCCCGCUAGAGGUCGUGAGGGAGUUCCUGAUGCAAGCACUGGCGGAGGCCGUGGAGACCAACCAGGUUCACAAUCGAGACCCGGUGGGAGGCAGCAACGAGAAUCUGUUCUUGCCGCUAAUAAAGCUGGUGGAUCGUCUUUUGCUCGUGGGAAUGAUGAGAGACGAGGAUGUCGAGAAGUUACUCAUCAUGAUCAACCCUGAGACUUGGGACCCCACGUUCGAUAGAGAAGGCAAAGACGAGCACCGAAAAGGUUUACUCCACAUGAAGAUGGCGGAAGGCGCCAAACUGCAGAUGUGUUACUUACUGCAGCAUCUGAAUGACAUUCAGCUGCGGCACCGAGUGGAGUCCAUCAUAGCUUUCGCUCACGACUUCGUUGGCGAUGUCCAGACUGAUCAGUUGAGACGUUACACAGAAAUCAAGCAGUCGGACCUGCCCAGUGCGGUUGCAGCCAAGAAGACCAGGGAGUUCCGUUGUCCUCCCCGGGAACAGAUGAAUGCCAUCCUUAGUUUCAAGCAUCUAGAAGAGGAAGACAAGGAGAACUGCCCGUGUGGCGAGGACCUCAUCGCGCGAAUGAACGAGUUCCACGAGUCACUAAUGUCGCACGUGUCUCUCAAUGCACUGCAGGAGCCGGAUCCUGGGGAAAAUGCUGAGCCCGAAGCGAAACCGGGUGCUUUCGGCAAAUUGUACAACAUCAUCAACACUGUGAAGGAGUUGGAAGAAGAACCUAAGGCCAUAGAAGAACCACCGAAGAAAACCCCCGAAGAGAAGUUCCGCAAAGUCCUGAUCCAGACUAUAGUCAGUUGGGCGGAGGAGUCGCAGAUCGAAACGCCCAAACUGGUCAGGGAGAUGUUCAGUCUCCUGGUACGCCAAUACGACGCUGUAGGCGAGUUGAUCCGCGCCCUAGAAAAGACAUACGUCAUCAACGCAAAGACUAAACUAGACGUCGCCGAAAUGUGGGUGGGACUUAGUCAAAUCCGUGCGCUGUUGCCAGUACAGAUGAGCCAGGAGGAAGAAGAACUGAUGAGGAAGAGAUUGUGGAAACUUGUCAACAACCACACGUUCUUCCAACAUCCUGAUUUGAUCAGAGUACUACGUGUCCACGAAAACGUGAUGGCAGUGAUGAUGAACACGCUAGGCCGCCGUGCGCAGGCGCAGUCCGACGCGCAGCCUGCCUCGCCGCCCACCGCCGAUGACAAAGAGAAGGACACAUCCCACGAAAUGGUGGUAGCUUGCUGCCGUUUCCUCUGCUACUUCUGCCGCACCGGCCGCCAAAACCAGAAGGCCAUGUUCGACCACUUCGACUUCUUGCUGGAGAACUCAAACAUCCUCCUGUCGAGGCCUUCGUUGAGAGGAUCCACGCCUCUGGAUGUGGCUUACUCGAGUCUCAUGGAGAACACUGAACUGGCUCUGGCUUUGAGAGAGCACUAUCUAGAGAAGAUAGCAGUGUACCUCUCCCGUUGCGGGUUACAAAGCAACUCGGAGCUGAUAGAGAAGGGGUAUCCUGACCUUGGCUGGGACCCGGUGGAAGGCGAGAGAUACCUGGACUUCCUGAGGUUCUGUGUUUGGGUCAACGGCGAAAGCGUAGAAGAAAACGCCAACCUAGUAAUCCGACUGCUCAUCCGUCGGCCGGAGUGCCUGGGCCCGGCCCUGAGGGGCGAGGGCGAGGGCCUGCUCAAGGCGAUAGUGGACGCCAACAAGAUGAGCGAGCGGAUCGCCGACAGGAGGAAGCUGAGGGAGAUGGAGCAGGAGGGCGACGUCACUUUCUCCCACCCGCUCCCGGAGUCGGACGAAGAUGAAGACUACAUUGACACCGGCGCGGCCAUCCUCAACUUCUAUUGUACGCUGGUCGACUUGUUGGGACGCUGUGCGCCGGACGCCGCUGUCAUUGCUUUGGGCAAGAACGAAUCCCUCCGAGCGCGAGCCAUCUUGCGGUCUCUAGUGCCGCUGGAAGACUUGCAAGGCGUGCUCAGUCUCCGCUUCACGCUGAACAACCCGGCUGCUGGCGAGGAGAGACCUAAAUCAGAUAUGCCAUCAGGCCUGAUCCCCGGUCACAAACAGAGCGUGGGUCUCUUCUUGGAACGAGUCUACGGCAUAGAGACGCAAGAAUUGUUCUACCGACUAUUAGAAGAAGCUUUCUUGCCUGACCUGAGAGCAGCCACUAUGCUGGACAGGAACGACGGCUGCGAAUCAGAUAUGGCUUUAUCGAUGAAUCGUUACAUCGGCAACUCGAUCCUGCCGCUGCUGAUCAAGCACGCAAACUUCUACAACGAAGCUGAGAACUACGCCAGUCUGUUAGACGCUACGUUACACACUGUAUAUCGGCUAUCCAAAAACCGCAUGUUAACCAAAGGCCAGCGUGAGGCGGUGUCGGACUUCUUAGUGGCGCUGACGUCAGCGAUGCAGCCGUCUAUGUUGUUGAAACUGCUGAGGAAACUCACUGUGGAUGUAUCACGGCUGUCGGAGUACACCACUGUGGCUUUAAGGCUGCUAACCCUCCACUACGAACGGUGCGCCAAAUACUACGGCAGCACAGGAGGGCAAGGGAUCUACGGCGCCUCGUCAGACGAAGAGAAGCGGCUGACCAUGAUGCUGUUCUCAAACAUCUUCGACUCUCUCAGCAAGAUGGACUACGAGCCUGAGCUGUUUGGGAAGGCUCUGCCGUGUCUCAUUGCUAUUGGAUGUGCGUUGCCACCUGACUAUUCUCUAUCUAAGAACUACGACGAUGAGUUCUAUGGGAAAGAAACACAGGCCACUGGUGGUCCCGACAACCCCCAAUACGAUCCUCAGCCCAUCAAUACGUCAUCGGUGGCUCUCAACAACGAUCUCAACACCAUCGUACAGAAGUUCUCAGAGCACUACCAUGAUGCUUGGGCUUCCAGGAAAAUCGAAAACGGUUGGGUGUACGGCGAGUCGUGGUCCGACAACCAAAAGGCGCAUCCUCGCUUAAAGCCAUACAACAUGCUAAAUGACUAUGAGAAGGAGCGCUACAAAGAACCAGUGCGUGAGUCCCUCAAGGCUCUGCUAGCCAUCGGCUGGUCGGUGGAACAUUCAGAAGUGGACAUCCCUAGCACCAACCGCAGUUCUAUGAGGAGGCAGUCCAAGUCUGGAGGCCGCCCGCCAGACAUAGUGACGGACUCAGCAACUCCGUUCAACUACAACCCUCACCCGGUCGAUAUGACCAAUCUGACGCUGUCAAGAGAGAUGCAGAACAUGGCUGAACGACUGGCCGAGAACGCCCACGACAUCUGGGCGAAGAAGAAGAAGGAAGAACUGGUCACCAAUGGCGGUGGCAUCCACCCCCAACUAGUCCCAUACGACCUCCUCACCGACAAAGAAAAGAAGAAGGACCGAGAACGUUCCCAAGAGUUCCUCAAGUACCUACAAUACCAGGGCUACAAGCUUCACAGGCCCAGCAAAUCGUCUCCCAGCGACACAGAACAGACCACUACUGGGGUGGCAAUAGAGCUCAGAUUCGCUUACUCGUUGCUCGAGAAAUUGAUUCAGUAUAUAGACAGAGCUACGAUCAAUAUGAAGCUGUUGAAACCGUCCACUACGUUUAGUAGAAGAAGCAGUUUUAAAACUAGCACGAGGGAUAUUAAGUUCUUUUCAAAGGUGGUCUUGCCCCUAAUGGAGAAAUAUUUCUCCACACAUCGCAACUACUUUAUAGCGGUUGCGACGGCGACCAACAACGUCGGUGCGGCCAGUUUGAAAGAGAAAGAAAUGGUUGCCGCUCUCUUCUGCAAGCUGGCCAGCUUGCUGAGGUCCAGGUUGGCAGCCUUCGGGCCGGACGUCCGGAUCACCGUCCGCUGUCUCCAAGUCCUUGUAAAGGGCAUCGACGCUAAGUCUCUGGUGAAGAACUGUCCGGAGUUCAUCCGGACAUCAAUGUUGACAUUCUUCAACAAUGUUGCUGAUGAUUUGGGGCAUACCAUCCUUAACUUGCAGGAGGGGAAAUACGCCCAUCUCCGAGGUACUCACUUGAAGACUUCAACCUCACUUGGCUACAUCAACGGCGUGGUCCUUCCCAUCUUGACGGCCAAGUUCGACCAUCUCGCCAACUGCGAGUAUGGAGCUGAUCUGCUGUUGGAUGAGAUUCAAGUGGCCUCGUACAAGAUGCUGGGAUCGUUAUAUGCCCUGGGAACUGAUGCGACUCUCACCCACGACCGCAAGUACCUCAAGACUGAAAUCGAGAGGAACAAGCCUGCUCUGGGUUCCUGCUUAGGAGCGUUCAGCUCGACGUUCCCCGUCGCGUUCUUGGAGCCGCAUCUCAACAAGCACAACCAGUUUUCACUGCUCAACCGUAUUGCCGACCACUCACUGGAAGCUCAAGACAUCAUGGCCAAAAUGGAGCAAUCCAUGCCCACACUAGAGACAAUCCUAAGCGAGGUGGACCAGUUCGUGGAAUCAGACAAGACGUACAACGAGGCUCCCCACAUUAUAGACGUGGUGUUGCCAUUACUGUGCUCGUAUCUACCAUUUUGGUGGGCGCAGGGUCCGGACAACGUUACCCCUACUGGCGGCAACCACGUCACAAUGGUGACAGCUGAGCACAUGAACCAACUGCUCAAGAACGUUCUGAAACUCAUCAAGAAGAACAUUGGCAACGAGAGCGCUCCAUGGAUGACUCGCAUCGCGACAUAUACCCAGCAGAUCAUCAUCAACAGUUCUGAGGAGUUGUUGAGGGAUUCCUUCCUGCCUCUCGCUGAAAGAGUCAGGAAGAGGACCGAUACUAUGUUCCAUAAGGAAGAGAGCUUGCGAGGGUUCAUCAAGUCCUCGACCGACGACACAUCCCAAGUGGAGUCCCAAAUCCAGGAAGACUGGCAGCUGUUGGUCCGCGAUAUCUACUCCUUCUACCCUCUGCUCAUCAAGUACGUUGACCUGCAGAGAAACCAUUGGCUGAGGAAUAACGUUCCAGAGGCCGAAGAACUGUACAACCACGUAGCAGAAAUAUUCAACAUUUGGUCCAAAUCGCAAUACUUCCUCAAGGAGGAGCAGAACUUCAUUUCUGCCAACGAAAUCGACAACAUGGUGCUGAUUAUGCCCACAGCAACUAGACGGGUGACCACAGUUGUCGAGGGCGCGCCGCAAGGUGGCGGUAAAAAGAAGAAGAAACAUCGUGACAAGAAGAGGGACAAGGACAAGGAAGUGCAAGCGUCUCUCAUGGUGGCGUGUUUGAAGAGACUACUGCCAGUUGGUCUCAAUCUCUUCGCUGGCAGGGAGCAGGAGUUAGUUCAGCACUGCAAGGACCGUUUCUUGAAGAAAAUGACAGAGCAAGACGUAGCCGAGUUCGCCAAGACCCAACUGACAUUGCCAGAUAAGAUCGACCCAGCGGAUGAGAUGUCCUGGCAACACUACCUGUACAGCAAGCUAGGGUCGAAGAGCAAAGCUAACAUCACAGCUGACACCGCUGAGAACAAAGCCAAGAUCAUCGAUGAUACCGUGGAAAGGAUAGUGGCCAUGAGCAAAGUGCUCUUUGGACUGCAUAUGAUUGACCAUCCUCAACAAAUGAGUAAAAACGUGUACCGAUCGGUCGUGUCGAUACAACGCAAGCGCGCGGUCAUUGCUUGCUUCAGGCAGCUGUCUCUGCACUCGUUGACCAGACAUAGAGCGUGUAACAUCUUUGCGCGGACGUACUACGAGCUUUGGCUAGAAGAAGAAAAUGUUGGUCAAGAAGUUAUGAUCGAGGAUCUCACACAAUCAUUCGAAGACGCGGAGUUGAAGAAAAGCGACGUGGUAGAAGAGGAAGGCAAGCCUGACCCUCUCACUCAGCUGGUUACCACAUUCUGCAGGGGAGCCAUGACGGAACGGUCCGGCGCUUUACAGGAGGAUCUUCUAUACAUGUCUUACGCGAACAUAAUCGCCAAAUCGUGUGGAGAAGAAGAGGAAGAAGGCGGCGGUGAGGAAGAAGAAGGUGGCGGCGAGGCCGAGGGCGAGGAAGAAGGCCGCGCCAGUAUACACGAGCAAGAAAUGGAAAAACAAAAGCUACUGUUUCACCAAGCCAGGCUAGCGGACAGAGGCGUGGCGGAGAUGGUUCUCCUACACAUCUCCGCUUCCAAAGGCGUGCCAAGUGAGAUGGUCAUGAAGACGUUGGAACUUGGCAUCUCUAUUCUGAGAGGAGGCAACAUUGACAUCCAGAUGGGCAUGUUGAACCAUCUGAAAGACAAAAAGGACGUCGGCUUCUUCACUUCCAUCGCUGGUCUCAUGAACUCCUGUUCAGUGCUCGAUCUGGAUGCCUUCGAGAGGAACACCAAAGCUGAAGGCCUGGGCGUGGGACUAGAAGGAGCUGCAGGCGAGAAGAACAUGCAUGAUGCAGAAUUCACAUGCGCCCUGUUCAGAUUUAUACAGCUGACCUGUGAAGGACAUAACUUGGAAUGGCAGAACUACCUCAGAACGCAAGCCGGUAACACGACCACGGUCAACGUGGUCAUCUGCACCGUGGACUACCUGCUAAGGCUGCAGGAGUCUAUUAUGGACUUCUACUGGCAUUAUUCUAGCAAGGAACUCAUAGACCCAGCGGGUAAAGCCAACUUCUUCAAGGCGAUCGGCGUUGCGUCACAAGUGUUCAACACGCUCACUGAAGUCAUCCAGGGACCGUGUACCCAGAAUCAACAGGCUUUGGCACAUUCCAGAUUGUGGGACGCGGUAGGCGGUUUCCUCUUCCUCUUCUCCCACAUGCAAGACAAGCUGUCCAAGCACUCCUCACAAGUGGACCUGCUGAAGGAACUGCUUAACCUGCAGAAGGACAUGAUCACCAUGAUGCUGUCUAUGCUGGAAGGAAACGUCGUCAACGGUACAAUCGGAAAACAAAUGGUGGACACCCUCGUAGAGUCUGCUUCUAACGUGGAGCUAAUCCUGAAAUACUUCGAUAUGUUCCUGAAGCUCAAAGACCUGACGUCUAGUGCCAGCUUCCAGGAGAUUGACGCCAAUAAUGAUGGAUGGGUGCUGCCUAAGGACUUUAAGGAGAAGAUGGAACAGCAAAAGAGUUAUACGCCCGAAGAAAUAGAAUUCCUGCUAGCCUGCUGCGAGACCAACCACGACGGGAAGCUGGACUACAUCGGCUUCUGCGACCGCUUCCACGAGCCGGCCAAGGAGAUCGGCUUCAACCUCGCUGUGUUGUUAACAAACUUGUCUGAACACAUGCCGAAUGAGCCUAGGUUAGCCCGCUUCCUAGAGACGGCUGGUUCGGUCCUAAACUACUUCGAGCCGUUCCUCGGCCGCAUCGAGAUCAUGGGCGGGUCCAAACGCAUCGAGCGGGUCUACUUCGAAAUCAAGGAGUCGAACAUCGAGCAGUGGGAGAAGCCGCAGAUUAAGGAAUCCAAACGCGCGUUCUUCUACAGCAUAGUAACAGAGGGCGGCGACAAAGAGAAGUUAGAAGCGUUCGUCAACUUUUGCGAGGAUGCCAUCUUUGAAAUGACGCACGCGUCCAGUUUGAUGGCCGCUUGCGAGGAGUCGGCUGGCGGACCGAAGAAUAGGGAGGCUAGUUACAUGUACAUGGGCGAUGAUGAUGAUGAAAGAGCCGGCAAAGACCCAUUCCGUCGCGGUCUUCAAUCCGUCAAAGACGGCAUCUCCACUGCAUUCUCGUCCUUAUCGCCAUCGAACAUAAAGCAGAAAAUCGCAGAUCUACAGCAGAUGCCUCCAGCGGAAUUGGCCGUGGGAUUCUUUAAAAUGUUCUUCUAUCUGUUCUAUUACUUAGGCUAUGGUGGAUUGGUUGUUGUCAGGUACAUAUUCGGCGUUCUUCUGGGUCUGAUGCGAGGUCCUCAAAUGGAGGAGCCGCCUCCGGAACCGACUGAGGAGGAGAAAAUCGGUCAGUUGAGGCACAGAUUGCUCGCACAAAGUCCGUCGCGGCAUCUACCAGCGUUGCCGCCGGCCGAUGACACUGGACAGAUGCAAGUGCAGGCCUUCGGUUUGGAUAUCACUAAAGAGGACAAUGGCCAAAUACAAGUGAAACCGCAUGAGUCUCCAAGCACAUCGUCACCAUCAUCUGGUGAAGAAGCCGACGCGUCUUUGGACGAAGGAGCCGAGCAUACGGAAGAGCAGAGACCACCGUCACUGAUCGAUCUGUUGGGAGGCGAGCAAGCGAAGAAGCAAGCACAAGAAAGGAUGGAAGCGCAAGCAGUUCAACAGGCCGCUAUGUCCGCCAUAGAAGCGGAAAGCAAGAAGGCAGUGCAAGUGCCCGCGCCGUCUGCUCUCGCGCAAGUGGAUUUGUCCCAGUACACGCGGCGCGCGGUGUCUUUCCUAGCCCGAAACUUCUACAACCUGAAGUAUGUGGCGCUGGUGUUGGCUUUCUGCAUCAACUUCGUACUGCUGUUCUAUAAGGUGUCAGCUUUGGACUCUGAGGAAGGCGAGGGCUCUGGACUUGGCGACAUCAUCGGAGGUUCUGGCUCUGGGCAGGGCUCGGGCAGUGGAGAUGGAGGCAGCGGCGAAUCGGGCGAGGACGAAGAUGCAUUGGAAGUGGUGCACAUAGACGAGGACUUCUUCUACAUGGUGCACGUCAUCAAUAUGGCCGCCGUGCUGCACUCUAUCGUGUCUCUGGCCAUACUUAUCGGGUACUACCAUCUUAAGGUGCCUCUAGCCAUCUUCAAACGUGAAAAAGAGAUCGCUCGUAAACUAGAGUUCGACGGUCUCUACAUCGCGGAACAACCGGAAGACGAUGACCUGAAAAGCCACUGGGACAGGCUCGUCAUAUCUGCCAAAUCUUUCCCCGUGAACUACUGGGACAAAUUCGUGAAGAAGAAAGUUCGCGCCAAGUACUCGGAAACUUACGACUUUGAUUCCAUCUCCAACAUGCUUGGCAUGGAGAAGACAUCUUUCUCCGCCCAGGAGGAAGAAGGCAGCAAGGGCUUGAUCCACUACAUAAUGAACAUCGACUGGCGCUACCAAGUGUGGAAGGCCGGCGUGACGAUCACCGACAAUUCGUUCCUGUAUUCUCUAUGGUACUUCUCUUUCUCCGUGAUGGGCAACUUCAACAACUUCUUCUUUGCUGCCCAUCUGCUGGACGUGGCUGUAGGGUUUAAGACCCUGAGGACCAUCUUGCAGUCUGUCACGCAUAACGGGAAACAGCUGGUACUGACGGUGAUGCUGCUGACGAUCAUAGUAUACAUCUACACGGUGAUCGCCUUCAACUUCUUCCGCAAGUUCUACGUGCAGGAGGAGGAUGACGAGGUCAACAAGAAUUGUCAUGACAUGCUCACGUGUUUCGUGUUCAACUUAUACAAAGGCGUGCGCGCCGGCGGCGGCAUCGGCGACGAGCUCGAGCCGCCCGACGGAGACGACUCCGAAGUCUACCGCAUCAUCUUCGACAUAUCCUUCUUUUUCUUCAUCAUCGUUAUCCUGCUGGCCAUCUUGCAGGGUUUGAUCAUCGACGCGUUCGGAGAACUCCGUGACCAACUGGAAUCGGUCAAGGAGGAUAUGGAGUCCAACUGCUUCAUAUGUGGCAUCAAUAAAGACUACUUUGAUAAAGUUCCACACGGGUUCGACACGCACGUGCAACGAGAGCAUAAUUUAGCGAAUUACAUGUUCUUCCUCAUGCAUCUCAUCAACAAACCAGACACGGAGUAUACAGGUCAAGAAACGUACGUGUGGAAUAUGUACACGCAACGAUGCUGGGACUUCUUCCCCGUGGGAGACUGUUUCAGGAAGCAGUAUGAAGACGUCAUGGGAGAAUAAUUCAACAGUAUAUCAUGAGUAAAAUAUACACCCGACUAUGUAUAAUAUACAGCGCGUGCAAAAAUACAUAUGGCAUACAUACAGUAUGUAUACAGUGUGUAAAAUAUACACACGAUUUACAUACAGUAUGUAUACAGCGCGUGUAACUUAAAAACUUGUGACUUAUAACAAUUCAAAACUUUGAAAUUAUCAAAUCAAAUUGCUAAAAAUAUAGUCGGGGUAAUAAUUAUUGUCGCUGAAAAAAAUUUUGCUCAAAUAUAACACCAAAUUGUGAAUGUAAAAAUGUGUAUGUUACUUUGAUUGGAAUUUGAAAAGCGACUUGAAUUUAAUGACAAAUGUACGAGUAUAGUAUGAAUAAUACAAACUCUAUCAUAAUAUAUUAUGUAUGUUCUUUGUAUAUUAAUUGAAACUCAUGCCAACGUAAAGAACAAAUUAUUAACGCAUAACAUAUCCGUUACCACACUUAAAAUAAUCGCAAAGCAAUAAAAAUAAAAUAUAGACUCCCGCCUAUUGAAAGAAGUAGAUAUAUUUCAACUUAUUUACAAUGUUUAGGACAAUUUUGUAAAAAUAUUAACGAAUCGAAAUUAGCAAAUCUUAAAUAUUUAUUAAUAAAUUGAAGUCACUAAUGUAUUUCAUAAAAAUAUGUAUUUUAUAGCUACAUUUCACAAGAAUAAACUUCUUUCUUGGUCGGGUAAAUAAAAGCUUCAAGUAUUUAUAUCAGAAAUGAAAUAAAUAAAAAGUAAGUUUUUUCUAUUUUCUUGUAACGUUAAGUAUGAAUUAAGGUGGCCUUUCCAAGCAAACUUUUCUAUUUUAACUAUUUCGAUAUAGUUUAUGUAAGAUAAUAUAAAAUGUUAAUUAAAACUAUUUAAUUUUA